UGACCAUAGGAUUAGAAGCACUCGACUGGAGCCCACUCGGUCAAACCUUUAAACCUCACCCGUCUGUAAGUGACAGUUAUGCCUAUCGGCGUACUACCGUUUCAAAAUGUGGAAAAGAAGUCAUCGCCAUUCGCCCAUGUCGCACACGUCACUAUCAAUCUGAAACGGAUUCAGUGAUUUUAACAUCGCCAAAAACAUAAAAAGCCCGCUAAUUUAAACACGUGCCAAUCAGUUCAAUUACAGGAGUAACGACUAGAACUGGAAACAAAAGGUUCGAAAAACCAGCAACUUCAGCUGGGAGCUUACUCACGAGAUCAAAAAAAAAAAAAAAACCGCGAAAAUUCAGUUAGCACAGAUCAAGAAACAUCCUUAGAUCUUCCGAAUCAUUAAAAUUAAACCCAGAAUUUUUUGUUUAUAAUAAAAAAAAUUUAAAAACAAAUUGUAGGUGUUAAUCGACCCGACAAUGACGGAGUCGAACUUGAAUCUCCUUGAAGCUCUCGAGCCAAAGAGGGAUGCCUAUGGAUUUGCUGUGAGACCUCAACACAUACAAACAUAUAGACAGUACGUUAACAUCUACAAGGAAGAGGAAGAGGAAAGAUCAGAGAAAUGGAAGAUCUUCUUGGAACAGCAUGCAAAACCUACUGAACCAUGCUUUUCUGAGGUGGAAGAUAGAAAAAUAUUGCAGGCUGAAGCUACUGAGAUGAAAGAAAAGCCUCUUCCUGAGGAAAAUAAAGAGAGCUUGCAUGUAGAAGCUAGUGAGGGAAAUGAAGAGGCUGCUAUUGAAGCAAAAGAAGAGACUACUUCUGAGAAGGAACACAAAGUGAUUUUUCAGAGUGAAGCUACCCAAUUGAAUGUAGAAGCUGCUUCAGAGGAGGGAUGUAGAAAGACAUGCCAAGGUGAAGCUAUUAAAGUGAAAGAGGAGGUUGAUUCUGUAGAUGAAAGCAAAGAGACAUCGCAGACUGAAGCCACUGAGUUAGAAGAAGGGGUUGCCUCAAAGAGGAUCAAGGAAGGGGAUGCUCCAAGUACAAAGCUUGAUUCUGCUGGUUCAACAGAAAAACCUGAUUCUGCUAGUUUGCAAGAAAGUAAAACAGAAAAGCCAGAUUCUGCUCAUUCAACAGAAAGUGAAAGAGAAAAGGAGGUGCAGCUUGCAGAAGAAACAAAGACACGUAAAGUUGAAAGAUGGGCUAAGACUAGACCAGUCCUUUGUGCCAUUGAGAAUAUGAUGAAUUCACGGGCUAAGAAGGGAAAGAAUAUGAAAAAUAUGAAUAUGAAUGAAAGCGGAGACCAUCUUCCAUCAAUAAAAGAGGCAAGAUCCCCAGAACCAGAAUCUGAGGAUGAGUUCGAGGAAAAGGUCUGUGUUAAUGUGAGGUCUUCUAGGGAAGAAAACGAUGCAGGCAAUGAGGCAUCUCAAGAAUCCUUUUUCCCUUGGAAAGAAGAGCUGGAGAGCCUCGUUCAUGGAGGAGUGCCAAAGGAUCUCAGAGGGGAGGUAUGGCAAGCCUUUGUAGGUGUUAAGGCUCGACGAGUGGAGAGAUAUUACGAGGAUUUGCUGGCUCAAGAAACCUAUGAGGAUGAUCAGCAAAGUAACUCAUCUGGCGUGUUCAGAAAAUGGAAAAGGCAGAUUGAGAAGGAUUUACCGCGGACUUUUCCAGGUCAUCCUGCUUUGAAUGAUAAUGGUAGGGAUUCCUUGAGGCGUUUACUUUUAGCCUAUGCUCGACAUAACCCCUCUGUUGGGUACUGUCAGGCAAUGAAUUUCUUUGCUGGAUUGUUGCUACUUCUGAUGCCAGAGGAAAAUGCCUUUUGGACCUUGGUGGGCAUUAUUGACAAUUAUUUUGAUGGGUACUAUACAGAGGAAAUGAUAGAAUCUCAGGUUGACCAACUUGUAUUUGAAGAGUUGAUGCGUGAAAGAUUUCCCAAAUUGGUCAAUCAUCUGGAUUACUUGGGAGUGCAGGUGGCAUGGAUUUCUGGACCCUGGUUUCUUUCCAUAUUUGUUAAUAUGCUUCCUUGGGAGAGCGUUCUUCGCAUUUGGGAUGUGCUUCUAUUUGAAGGAAAUCGUGUUAUGCUAUUUCGAACGGCCCUUGCUCUAAUGGAAUUAUAUGGUCCUGCCUUAGUUACAACUAAAGAUGCUGGGGAUGCCAUCACUUUGCUGCAGUCCCUUGCUGGCUCAACAUUUGACAGCAGCCAACUUGUUUUGACUGCCUGCAUGGGGUUUUUGGCUGUGACUGAUGCUAGAUUACAAGACUUGAGAGAUAAGCAUAGGCCUGCUGUGCUAGCAAUUGUUGAGGAAAGAACAAAAAGAGGUCGAGUUUGGAAAGAUUCAAAAGGACUUGCAUCUAAGCUGUACAGUUUCAAGCAUGAUCGUGGGUCACUGCUGGAAGAAACAAAGCCUGCUCAAGAGGUAGCUGAUGGAGACAUAUCUAAUUUGGAGACUCGUUCGUCGAAUCUGGAUGAAUUGCUUUGUAGCCUAAAUGCUGAUUCAGAAGUAGAUUCCCUACCAGAUCUUCAAGAACAGGUUGAUUGGAUGAAGGUUGAGCUAUGUAGGUUGCUUGAGGAAAAAAGAGCUGCCAUACUCCGAGCUGAGGAGCUAGAGACAGCACUUGUGGAGAUGGUCAAAGAAGAUAACCGACGGCAAUUGAGUGCAAAGAUUGAACAGUUAGAGCAAGAGGUGGCUGAUCUACAGCAAGCCCUUGCUGAUAAGAAAGAACAAGAAGCUGCUAUGCUUAAGGUUUUGAUGCGGCUAGAGCAAGAGCAAAGGAUAACUGAAGAUGCUCGCAGAAACACAGAGCAAGAUGCAGCUGCCCAGAGAUAUGCAGUUACUGUGCUUCAGGAAAAAUAUGAGAAGGCUAUGGCUUCUAUUGCUCAGAUGGAAAAGAGGGUGGUUAUGGCAGAAUCAAUGUUGGAGGCUACCUUGCAAUAUCAAUCUGGCCAAGCUAAAGCACUAUCAUCUCCACGGGCUCAGCGUAAUCAGGCCUCCACACAGGACAGUCCCAGAAGAAAGGCAGGGAUAUUGUCAUUCGGACUUGGCUGGCGUGACAAGAACAAGGGCAAACCCAAUUUUGAGGAGUCUACAGACGGUAAAUCCUGGGAGGAAACUUAAACCCUAGACCAAGAGAAGAACUAGCCCUGGUGCCAUAUCAUUCUUUGAAUUUGUGCCUCCACUGCCAAGAAGUCACUUCUCUGCAUCUGUUCUGAUAUUUAAUAGCUCUGUUUCCUUAUCUGUAGUUAUGAGUAUACUGGCAAUUAAUUAAUGGUAAGAGAGGGGUCUAUUUGUAUAAAGUAUCAAUUUGAACCCAAGUAGACUUGUAGAAGUCAGAUUAAUUUGACUUUAAUCAAAUGUGUAGCAGCACGUUAUACAUUAAUCAGCAAACAAAGAUUUUUAUUUUAAUUUCCACAA